AUGGGCCCCUGUACCGCCUCCUCAUGCUGCUGCCAGGCCCAUAAUCUGCCAUGGGCCCCCGUACCGACUCCUCAUGCUGCUGCCAGGCCCGUAAUCUGUCAUGGGCCCCUGUACCGCCUCCUCAUGCUGCUGCCAGGUCCAGAGUGUGUCAUGGGUCCCUGUACGGCCUCCCAUUGCUGCUGUCUCCAUCGCCACACUCUGCCAUGUGCCACUUUCAGGUCUCCUCACACUGCUGGUGGGUUCCAUUUUGUCAUAGGGUGCUGUAUGGCCUCCCAUUGCUGCUGCCUCCACCGCCACACUGUGGCUCCACACUCUGGUUUUGGCCCCGUGACUGCCCAAAUGAGUGAAGUGUGCGGUGAUUCUAAGAUCGACGGCACUCAUCUGCAUGUCAUACUGACUGACAGUAUUAUUUCUCUUCCCCAGCAGACUCCAAGGGCAUUUAAAUUAAAGGUACAGUGUUCUGCACUAAUAUAA